AUGCCAAAAAUGUGGGAUUUAUUAAGAAAAUCAAAAUAUUAUUUAAUAAAUGUCCAUCCACUUGGGCAAUUUUCCUUUCCAAAUAUUCCAAAAAGAAUUGUUAAUAUUGGAGGUAUUGAAGUAGAAAUUGAAGGAAUUUUGAAUGAAAUUGAGGAAGAAAAAAAAUUAAAGGAAAAGAAGAGUACAGCAAAAGAUUUUAUUAAGAAUAUAGAAAAGAAAUUGUAUACUUAUGAAGUUGAAUGGGUUAAAAAUGUAAUAAUUUAA